CUCCUCCCCUUGAUCCUACCAUGGCUCCUCGUAUUGCGAAACGUCCUACGGAUGCUCAAGCAGCUGAGCCUGUCAAGCGGACUAGGACAUCGGAUAACAGCGACGCUUCUGGUGCUGAUUCACAUACAGACACCUUGUCGUCCGCUGUUGUAUCGCCCCAGGUUUCAGAUGACCUGGAGCACAGCGGAACCGAUGGCCCGUCCGAUUUGGUCACGCCGAACCCAAUCAUCGUCUCUACUGCUCAGUCCGCUGAUGUCGGAUCCUGCCUCGCAGACGGCCCCCUUGCUCUUUCCGAUGUGUCCCUGCCUCCUGCCGCUCCUUCUUCCAUUGCCCCUGCAGCUCCUUUGCAUCAGGCUAUAGUUGAAGCACCUCCUCACACAUCGAUCGUCUCUUCCGAGUCUGUCCCUUCCUCUGUCGUGUCGGCGUCCUCCGCCAAUAUUCCGCCCGUCACGUCUGCGCCAACUAUCAGGCCUACGACCGGUCCAACUCGUGCUGGUGCUGAGGUUGUGGGCACUGUGGCCGUAGUCCCCACGGCUUCUUCUGCCGCGAACUCUGUGCCCCGCACGUCCACGUCUGUUGCACGCAGGCCCGGCGCCACCGGUGCAUCGGCCGGUGCUCCUUCGGCUGCACCCCUGGUUGAACAUGACCAAGUAAAGGACUAUCCAGAGGAAAUCCAAACUCGAAUCAAUGUUUUGUCUGCGUAUGACAAACCCGAGCGCAAUGCUUUUGCGGUUGCAAAGGUCCCUCGCAACUGCACCUGGGGUAACAUAGCAGGACCUACUCCCAAUGCCGACAGGCUGCUGUGCAACCCUCACACAGGAUCGCCCGUGACGAUCUUGAUCUGCGGAAGGGUUGUCUCAGCCACUUUUGUAGUUCAAGGCUCUAUCCAACCUCUGGCUUCUAUGGUGGUGUUGCCUCCGUCUCGCAACGUGUCAUACCAGGCUGUUCGCCUUAUAUCUGGCUUGUCUAAUCCCCCCGCUACAAUGCCUAGCGCAAACGACUGGCAUGCAGUCCGCAUGAACCGUUGGCAACAGCGUAAGCUACCCGAUGGAGAGAAGGACCAGCCAACUCUGUUUGACGACGUCUACGACGGACAAGAAGGCGUGCGUCCCCGCUCCGCCAUGUCCAAGUUGUCGCCCACCGACAUUCGUCCUCGCGACGUUGUCUUGGUUGAGACACGCAUCAACAAAUACAACACGAAGGACAACAAUCGCUGGAUCACUCGUGCCCAGUACGAGAUUUUGUCUAUUGUCCUUCUGUAUUCACCCCCGUCAGAGGAAGAGGCCGACUCCGGGCAGGUUAAUGAUGCAGACGACGUGUUUGCUGACCUUAACGCUUAAUCACCCCGCUGCCUUUUCUGUAUUGCGUGGUAGCUGACAGUCAUUUGACACCAGCUUUCACAAACAUAUUGGCCUCUUCUUUCCUUCUUCUCUUGUGUACUAUUAUUUAUGACUUGUUGAUGGUGGACACGGGCUGCUUAUGAACUCUCUUCGUGAAUGCAAAGACACUCUACCUUGUAUGAUUACGCGGUCACUGUAGCGCCAACUUUCAGACUUCACGAUAUGCGCUGUAUUACUAUAUAACAAAUUCAUUUUGAUACUGUGUUGACUUAGGACAUUUAUAUAUGAUAUGUAUCAACUGCUCC